GAUUAUACGUGUUACUUUCCUUUUUGUCUCCAUUCUUUUACAGUACCUCCGCUAUAUUUAGGGGAUUCUAUGGAACAUUCUGGUUGUCGUGAACAGUCAUGGUUCCACUGCUUGUAGUGGCUGUAUUUCUGCUCCAGGGGGCUGUAUUUCGGCCCCCUCAGGCUGCAGCAUUCAAAAUCCUCCCUACCAAUGGAUCCCUCACCCAUCAACAAAUCACUGAGGCAGCUUUCCUCCGCAAGGUGGCGGAAGUGUGUCGUGACACAGCCACUGCCCGUGGGAAAGACUUUACGCUACCUAUCAACAACAAACUGACUCCAACUAUCGUCCAGAGAGCCUGCUCAAAUUCAUAUGCCACCUUAUUAAAACUAUCCACUUUCAAUCUGGCUGUUGUUCAGACUUCCCUUAGCAAUGCAGCUGUGGAUAGAAAGCAGUUCAGUACUGCUCAUCAUUUUGAUAAUGAAGAUUUCGAAAAUGGACGGGACCUCAUCACUCAGGGUGUAGCUGCUGUCAAAAUCAGCACCAGAAAGGGGAAAUAUUUGUCUGGCAGCACCAGUCUUGGAGCUGUGUGUCAUACUUUACAGGAUUUCUAUAGCCACAGCAACUGGGUGGAACUGGGAAGCACUGCUCCUUUCAGCACUCUCAUUAAACCUGAGCGUCCUCUCCACAACCUAGCAACUAAGAAUACCAAAACGUGCAAAAGCUGUGUUGGAGAAGACUGCACUGACAACAUUCUCCCAGAGGUACUGCAGCAGAAGAUAUUAACUUCAGGAUAUUUCGACCUUAUUCUGCCAACCAAACCUGCAGGCAAAUGUAGCCAUGGCAGUGCUCUUGACAGGACCAGUUCUAAAGAACCCACUGGAGGCAUCAAUAAGGAUGACAUCCAUUCAGAACAUGGCUUGCUUCACCAGCGUGCUGCUGAAAUGGCCAUCAACGCUACUAUGGAACUGCUGGAAGAAAUCAGACUAGCCACAGGCGACCAAGCCUUUCUUCGAUUGAUGGGCCUCAGUCAGACCUCAGUUCUGGCUUUUGUAUUUGACAUCUCAGGCAGUUUGUCUAAUUACAUUGCAGAGGCCAAGAGAGUGUGCUUCAGUAUCAUAGACAGCAGGAAAGGAACAUCAGAGGAGCCUUCAGAAUACAUUCUAGUCCCAUUUAAUGACCAGGAUUUUGGACCUCUGAUAAGAACUGGGGAUGCAGAUAAAUUCAAAGAUGAAAUCAAUUCCCUGUCAACAUCUGAUAGUUUAAACCCAGGGAUGUGCCUGUCAGGACUGCUGUUGACAUUGACAAGAGCUCCUCCAUCAUCAGAUAUUUUUGUUUUCACUGAUGCUUCAGCAAAGGACACAGAAUUAAAAAGCUCAGUGGAAGGCAUGAUGCAAAGCACCCUGUCAAAAGUCACUUUCCUGCUGACAAACUCCAUCUCAACGAAAAGUCAACAGAAUGUCUCAUUAUCAAGAUCAUUGUCACAGUCAGACAUAAAGUUUUACAGAGACCUGGCCCAUAUUUCUGGUGGACAGACCAUAGAGGUCACAAACUCUACAUUAUCUCAGACCACGUCAGUCAUUUCAGAUAUAACCACCACUGACUUUGUGACUGUUCUUCAAGUAGAGAGAAAUCCACUCAAGGCAGAAAACUUUUCAUUUGUGUUGGAUCCAACUCUGUCCAGCGUGACUGUGUAUAUCACAGGAGACUCUCCGGUCUUUACCCUCUACAGCCCUACUGGUGUGUCUCAGUCAGGUUCAGUGGCAGAUGGUCCUCUGGGCAGCAUCCAGACUGUUGGAAAUCUAAAGACAAUAAAACUCAACUCUGCCAAUCAGACAGGGGAAUGGAAGAUCAGCAUUAACUCUACAAGUUCCUACAGCCUGAAAGUUAUUGGUCAGAGUUCUGUGGACGUCCUCUUUUACUUUGUGGAGAUAGUUGAGGGUGGUCAUGGAGACUCGUGGGGACAGAGUUUCACCCGCCCUUUUAUUGGUCGGAAUGCUACUUUCUAUGUCUCUGUGACUGGAAGAGAUUCAGUCGCAGUGACUGACGUGCUUCUAGUUGAAGCUUUUGGAUCUGGUGUUGUUAGUGGAACCAUCAAAUCUGUUGGUGCGACAGACUUCCUGGUCAACAUAGACAGAAUCCCAGAGUGGGCAUUUGUGGUGCAGCUGAAAGGACUGUUGAAUGACUCGUCAUUGGUUAGUCGAUUUCAGAGACAGUCACCCACCCAGUAUAAAGGAUCUAGAAUAACUGUCACGGCACAAUCACAGAACAUUACAAAGCCUGGAGUCCCAUUGGGUUUCAACUUUACAGUGGCCACUAAUAUUACAGGCGGCAACUACACCAUCAGAGCUCGGACUGACCAGGGCUUCAGCAUGACCUUCCCCAGCUCUCUGACCCUGGGAACAGGGGGAAGCGCUCAAGGAAGUGUCACACUGACUGCACCCUCCAACACAGAGUCGGGGACGGAUGUCACACUCACUAUUGAGGCAGAAGCUCCGGGAUCAACUGAUCUGAAUUAUGUCACACUGCGACUCACUGUCUCCACAGCAAAUGCUGUUUUUAGUGGCUGUUACUCGCUUUCCAUGUGUCUUUCUUUCUUCUGUUUUUUCAUUUGCUAUUUUGUAUGUUUCUAAAUAACAUUUAGCACAGCAAGUAGCGCUUUAUUUUAAAAUCUUUACUUGUCUUGGGUUUGAGACCAUUUGUAAAUAUUAAAGAAUCGAGAUUAAGGUUUACUAUUGAAAUUCCAGGGUCAAUUUUUGUGGCUAAGCUAGUAGUGCAGUAUAUUCUCUUGAUCUUUUUGAAUGUUUAUUAAAGACAAAGUUCACAUAAGGGGCAUUAGCAUUGUAUAAGCACAUGUAUUGAUUUUGCUUUUUACAAUAGCUCCACUCUCAUUCAGUUUCUCCUUGGCUAAAGGGCUGCACUGAACUCUUGUCACACGAGUGAUUAAAAGUUAUAAGGUUUUAGACAGU